GGGGGGAGGGGCGGUGGGCGGGGGUGGGGGAGGGGCGGGGGAGGGUUCCGGGGGGUGGGGGGGGGGCGGCGCGGCGGCAGCGCAGCCAUGAAGACUCCGGCGGACGCAGGAUUCGCAUUCCCGGAGUGGGCGUACAAGGCGGAGUCGAGCCCCGGCUCGCGGCAGAUCCAGCUGUGGCACUUCAUCCUGGAGCUGCUGCGGCAGGAGCAGUACCGCGAGGUCAUCGCCUGGCAGGGCGACUACGGCGAGUUCGUCAUCAAGGACCCCGACGAGGUGGCGCGGCUCUGUGGCGUGCGCAAGUGCAAGCCCCACAUGAACUACGACAAGCUCAGCCGCGCCCUCAGGUACUACUACAACAAGCGCAUCCUGCACAAGACCAAGGGCAAGCGCUUCACCUACAAGUUCAACUUCAACAAACUCGUGCUGGUCAACUGCCCCUUCAUCGACCUGGGCGUGGCAGGCCCCCCGCUGCCGCAGAGCGCCCCCCCCCUGCCCACGGGGGGGUCCCACUUCCGCUUCCCCCCCCUGCCCGGCCCCUCCCCCUCCGAGGGGCUGUCCCCGCCGCCCCUCCCCCACCCCCCGCAGCCCGACGAGCUCCGCUCCCCGCUGGGGGGCGGGGGAGGGGCGGGGGGCGGCCCCCCGCUGCUGGCCCCUCCCCCCCCCCUCGCCCUUCCCCCCCCCCGCGCCGCCUGGGCUCGCUCAGCGACGGCUCCGAGGAGCCCGAGGAGCCGCCCCUCCCCCACCCCCGCCUGCCCCCUCCCCCCGCCCCGGCGGGGGGUGGGGGAGGGGCGGGCGGCUUCCGCCCCCUCCCCCCCGCCCCGCCUGACCCCCGAGGGGCUCUUCCGCCUCUACCCCUCCCCCCGCGAGCCCCCCCCUCAGCCCCUUCCCCCCCUCCCCGCUGGGCGGCGGGGGGAGGGGCGGGCGGGCUCCUCCCCCCUCCCCUCAGCCCCCGCCCUCCCCCUCAGCCCCCCCCAGCUGGGCUACGCCCCCUCCCCCACCCUGAGCCCGCUGCUGGGGGGGCUGGGCGGGGGAGGUGGGGGAGGGGGAGGUGGGGGAGGGGGAGGGUCGCACUUCUCCUUCUCGGCCGAGGACCUGCAGCGCGCGCUGGCGGCGCAGGCGCGGAGCGUGCUCAGCUACCACCUGAGCCCGCGCGCGCUGCUGCCCUGCCCCCCCCCGGCGUGCUGCUGCGCCCCGCCCCCACCCCGCCCGCCCCCGACCCCUCCCCCCCCCUUCCCCUUCAAGCUCCAGCCCCCCCCCGCCGGGCCGGCGGCACAAAAACGCCCCUCCCCCAUCGUCAUCGUCUCAUCAUCAUCAUCAUCGACGUCAUCGGCGGGGGGAGGGGGCGCGGCCGAGCCCCUCCCCCACAUCAAGGUGGAGGAGGAGGAGGAGGAGGAGGAAGCGCUGGAGGUGGCGGCGCUCAGCGAGGAGGAGGAGGAGGAGGAGGAUGAAGAUGAGGUGUUCGCCCCUCCCCCCGCGCGGCGCCGCCCCCUCCCCCCGAGCUGGGGGGGGGGUGGGGGAGGGGAGCGGAGCCGCCCCUCCCCCCCCCCGCGUGCCGCUGAAGCUGCGCUUCAAGCGGCGCUGGAGGGAGGGGGGAGGGGCGGCCGCCGAGGGCCCCUCCCCCACGGCGGGCGGGGGGGGGGGAGGGGCAGGUGCUGGCGGGGGGAGGGGAGCUGCAGCGCGCCACGGCGCAGCUCUCGCUGGAGCCCUGAGGGGGCGGGGGGAGGGGCGGGGAGGGGGAGGGGCGGCCCCGGAACAGCCUUAAAGCAGAGCGGGGGGAGGGGCGGGGCUGGCCCGACCCCUCCCCCCCGGACCCCGCCCACUUCCGGAGUGUGGGGGAGGGGUUGAAGUGCAGGGAAAGGGGGGAGGGGCGCACGCCAAGCCCCGCCCCCAAUGGGUUUUUU